UAUGUCUUUUCUCCUGCGCAUCACGUCAGACAGGAUCAGAUCUCCUCCGUGUGUCCAGUGCCUCACUGUAGCUGUGUCUUGUGUCUCUGCAGUCGUCCGCUGAAGGUGUGUCUGUGUCCAUAUCUCCCGCCGUGUCCUCUCGAUGUCUCCACGUGUCUCUACAUCGUGCAGCAUCCGGCUGAGGAGAGUCGGGUUCUGCGCACGGUUCCGCUCCUGGCAGCGUGUCUCCCGCCGGGAAAGUGCAGGGUUUUCAUCGGGAGGCGUUUCUCUGAAGAGAGAUAUCCGGAGCUGGCGGCCGUGUGUAAAGAUGCUCACACACUGCUGCUGUACCCUGGAGACGGAGCGGAGGAUCUGGAGGAUCUGAGCACUGAUCUCACCACGACGGCCCACAGCGUGAUCCUGAUCGACGGCACCUGGAGUCAGGCCAAAGACAUGUUCCUGAGGAACGCACUGCUGCAGCUGCCCAGACAGGUUCAGCUCCGCAGCGCACCCUCCAGUCACUACGUGAUCCGCACACAGCCCACCAACAUGUGUGUGUCCACCCUGGAGUGUGCGGCAGCGGCGCUCUCCAUCAUGGAGAAGAACCACAGCAUCCAGGAGGUUCUUCUCAAACCUCUUCAGGCUCUGUGCUCCUUUCAGCUGCAACACGGCGCUCAGAUUCACCACAGCAAAGAACAUCUCAUCAAAAACGGACAGUAUAACAAGACCAUGCCCAAAAACAAGCGCAAGAUUCGCAGGAUGCAGAAACUCCUCGCCAACCAGGAUAUAUGAGACCUCUGCAUGUUUUUCAGAUUCUUCUGCAGCACUGAAAUUCAGUUUUAUAAAUUCAGAGCAAUCUUGACACGACCCUUCUGUGUGGAUGAAGCUUCAUCUGUUCAUUCUAUUGUAAUAUGUUUAUUUGAAUGACUGAUUUUAUUCUUGUUUGUCGAAUUAAAGAGGUUAAUGUGUGA